AGGCGCCGAGGGCCCCGGGCUUCGAGGGUGGCCCGUCGGGGAGUUUGACUCCCCGGGGUCCCAGCCGGCUCCGCACGGCUGUUCGGAGGCCUGGCCUCUACCUGCAGAAGGCGCCGCCGAAGACUUGGUUCGUUCUGCUGCAGAUAUGGGGCGCAGAAAGUCAAAACGGAAGCCGCCCCCAAAGAAGAAGAUGACAGGCACCCUAGAGACCCAGUUCACCUGCCCCUUCUGCAACCAUGAGAAAUCUUGUGACGUGAAAAUGGACCGUGCCCGUAACACUGGAGUCAUCUCUUGUACUGUAUGCCUAGAGGAAUUCCAAACACCGAUCACAUAUCUAUCAGAACCAGUGGACGUGUAUAGCGAUUGGAUAGACGCCUGCGAGGCAGCCAAUCAGUAGCAAUUCAGAGGACCCACCCCCUUGGCAGCCCCGCUGCCGUAGACCAGCCCACUGGGUACCAAUCCAGAGACAUUCCUGAGGUCCAGGGUGUGGGUCCAGGGCCCUCGCAGCCCUCUGUGUGUGUGUGUGUGUGUGUGUGUGUGUGUGUGUGUGUGUGUGUGUGUGUGUGUGUGUGUGUGUGUGUGGAGUGGAUGUGGGUGUGAAUGUGUGGCCGCAAGUGUGACCAUGGGGGUGUGCUCAUGGGCAGGGGCUUGAGUUGAGUGGUUGCUGGGCUCUGGGGGCCUGAACUGCCUUCCUUGGCUCCAAAAGCCUUUGACUUGCUCCCUCUUUUGGCCCUUGUUUCUCCUGGCUCUGGGGCCCUGACUUUUCCAAGGACCAAUGUUCUGACAUCCUGUGUGAGAGCAAGCCCCGCAGAGACAGCCUCAGGACUCCAGCCUCCUCACCCACCUCCCAAACACCUUGCCCAUUUGAACUGGACUGCCCGCCCUCCUCUAUCUUCCAAGGACUGUGGCCUGAGAUUCAAAACCUCAGGUCCCUCGGCUGGGCCCUGGUAGGGUGUCCCUGGUUCAUGUUUAGUUGCUUUUAUAGAGGAGGGAGUGGCUGGAUUGGGGACAACUGUUGGUCAUAAGCCCUUAAAUAAAGCAGCCGAUGCAGACUCCUGGUUCUCUGGUUUUCUGGGUUCUGGUCAGUCCCCAGGGCUCAAUGAGUGGGGAGAGGGAAACCUGGCAGGCCGUUGGAAGUGGGGUUUGGUCAGUCCUUCAAACUGUCCAACACUUAUCCACUAGACAGCAUUCAGGGUGAAAUCAGGGCAGUGCUGGCCGCAAGGGACACUGAUGACCCAUAGACAUCUGGGCAA